AUGGAGACAACUAAUUUUCUUUGGACAUGGGGUCUUAUGUUGACGACUUUGACCAUUUUUUUGGCCUGGAAUGCAAAGUCUCUUCGUCAUGCCUUUCGCCCGACCAGCAACUACCCAAUCAUCAACUAUCAAAAGAGGACUUGGACUUAUGCUGCUGCCAAAAGGGAGUUUGUGCAUAAUGCUCGUCAGUUGUUGGUUGAGGGAUCCCGAAAGGCAAGCAUGAACUUUUCCUCGCCGUGCCGGAGAACUCGGGCUGACGGUCUGACCAAACAGUUCUCGGGGCCCUUCAAAGUGGUCACUCUCUCCAAACCGUUGAUUGUUUUACCUCCGGAAUUUAUUGAUGCAAUUAAUGCCGAGAGAAGGCUGAGUUUCCUCGAGUAUGUGCGGGAGGAAUUCCUGUCGGAUUUCGACACCUUCCGAACUUGCCGCCCAAUGCCGCCGGGAAUGUUCAGCAAGGCCAUACAAAAUGGCAUAAACCGCCGACUAGGCAAAUUUACCAAGGGCAUGUCCUUUGAGCUGUCUGCAUGCUUGAAUAAAAGCUUCGGUUACCAGCAAGGCUGGCACGAGGUUAACUUCAUCAAUGAAGCCCGAGGAUGGGUUGCCCACAUGACAAACUUGGUUUUCCUGGGAGAAAGGUUUGCCCACAAUCAGCAGUGGAUCGACAUUACAACUACAUUUGUCGAGAACAUGUUCACGGCUAUGACUGUGACGAGAUCCUUUCAUCCCUUGCUUAGGCCGUUGGUGAAUAAGUUCUCGCCCCUCAACCGCAAGGUGCGAAGAUAUCAGGAAAUAAUUGCUUCCAUUCUAGGACCCGUGAUACAGGAGCGCCACAAGGAAAUCGAAAUCGCCGCAAAGGAAGGGCGGAAGCCGGACUUGCCGGACGACUCCAUUGAAUGGUUCCGCCAGGCUGCCGACGGUUUCAACUACCCCGAAAUCUGGAUUCAGAUGGGCCUAAAUCAAGUCUCAAUGCAGACCACGAGCAACCAGCUGUGUCAGUCAAUUCUCUAUCUUUGCGCCAAUCCACAGUACUUCGGGCCGCUUCGACAAGAAGCUAUCGAGGUUCUUCAAAAGGAUGGCUUGGAAAAGGCGGUCACCAACAUGAACAGCCUAAGCUUCAUGGACAGUUUCCUCAAGGAGGCGCAGCGGCUCAAGCCUGAGGGCCUGGCCAACAUGCACCGUCGCGCCAUGGAAGAUGUUCAGCUCGGCCCGGACGUCACGAUUCGGAAGGGCGAGCACCUGGCCAUCUCUGCACACCAGAUGUGGCAAGAAACUAACUACCCAAAUCCCGAGCAUUUUGAUCCCUACCGCUUCCUUGAGCGAAAGAAAAAUCCCAAAUACGCCAACCGAUGGGCCUUUGUUUCAACCAGUCCAGACCACAUGGGGUUUUCCCACGGGAAGCUGGCGUGUCCCGGGCGUUUCCUUGCUUCCAGCGUCCUAAAGAUUGCCAUGUUGCACUUGAUACUCAAGUACGAUCUCAGGAUAUCAGACCCCAAAGAAGCGACUCCGUGGUUUCAUGGGACAUAUGCUAUGGUCAAUACGAAUGCGAGAAUAUGGGUGAGGUCGAGGAAGCCCGAGGUGGACUUGGACGCACUGCCGGGAUAA